AUGUUCGCUCUGCUCAGCGUGGCCGGGCUGGUGGCUGUGAGCCUGGUGACAUCUGCUAAGAGCCAGGAAGCAGGUACCCUAGUGGGCUCUGAGGACCAGCCACUCCUCCGUAAAGCUGAACAGCAUGACUUUGCCAUCAUGAUCCAUCCAGGAGACAUGGAAUGUUUCUGGCAAUUUGCCGAACAGAUGGGUUACUUCUACUUCAGCUAUGAGGUUCAGCGCACACUCGGUAUGUCUCAUGACCAUCACAUUGCUGCCACCAUACAUGCGCCACAAGGCUUCCUUAUUGACACUUCCCAGGAUGUCCGGGGCCAGAUUAACUUCGCCACGCAAGAGACAGGGUUCUAUCGGCUUUGUCUAAGAAAUGAUCAGAGCCGCUUCAGCUCUGUGCAAGUGUACCUCAACCUCGGCGUCUUCUACGAGGGGCUUGAAAUGGAUCACAAACAGAACCAAAGGAAGCAGCUGAACGACACUCUGGACGCAAUCGAGGUCAGUACACGAAGGGUGGAGAUCCAUGUUUUCCACGUGUGGCGCUUCUACAACUUUGCCAGGAUGAGGAAAGUGGCUGACUUUCUCCUUCUCCAGUCCACCUACACCUAUGUGAACCGGUGGUCCGCAGCCCAGAGCCUCGUUAUUGUUCUUUCUGGGGUCCUACAGCUGUAUUUCUUGAAACGUCUUUUCACUGGCUCAGCUGCUGACACGAAGCUGAAAUGCUGAUAUACGGCAUCUUUGUCAAAUGAUUUAGUCAAAUCAGCUUUUUUUGGAGGGGAAAAAAAAUCAACUUAAAUCCUAUUUGUGUU